UUGACGUGUUCAUCUCUACAUACAACUGCAACAGACUAUAUUGUUUCUCUCUCUAGUCUAGGGUUUCUCCCUCUACUACUGUACCUUCAUCGGAUCGCUGCCGUUUCCGGCGCCAUUCCGAUAAUUCGGCGACAUGAAGCUCACGGUGAAGACUUUGAAAGGCAGCCAUUUCGAAAUUAGGGUUCAGCCCUCCGACACUGUUAUGGCUGUCAAGAAGAAUAUUGAAGAUGUACAGGGCAAAGAUAAUUACCCGUGUGGUCAGCAAUUGUUGAUUCACAAUGGCAAGGUUUUGAAAGAUGAAACUACAUUAGUUGAGAACAAAGUCUCUGAAGAUGGCUUUCUUGUUGUUAUGCUUAGCAAGAGUAAAGCAUCAGGCUCUUCUGCAGCUCCAUCUGUUCAGCCUGCCAGCAGUCCUGCUACAACUGUAUCAACAUCCAAUUCCAACCCAGCUCCUGAUCCUCCAGUGCAGACUCAGGCUGCGAACAACAGCACAUCUAGCACGGAUGCCCCAAUUACCAAUGUUUCUGCAGACACUUAUGGUCAGGCUGCAUCGAAUUUAGUUGCUGGUAAUAAUCUUGAGCAGACUAUUCAACAAAUCAUGGACAUGGGCGGUGGCAAUUGGGACAGAGACACUGUUAGUCGUGCUCUUCGGGCAGCUUAUAAUAACCCAGAGCGGGCGAUUGAUUACUUGUAUUCUGGAAUCCCUGAACCAGCAGAAGUUGCUGUGCCAGUUCCUAACUACCCAGGUAGUCAAACAACUGAAACAGCUGGGAUUCCUUCUGGAGCAGUUCCUGUAGGACCUAAUUCAUCUCCCUUAAAUAUGUUUCCUCAGGAGACAAUUUCAAGUACUGGGGCCGGACUUGGAUCUCUGGACUUCCUUAGAAAUAAUCCCCAGUUUCAAGCUUUGCGUUCAAUGGUGCAAUCCAAUCCACAAAUUCUCCAGCCUGUGCUUCAAGAACUGGGUAAGCAGAAUCCUGGUCUUUUAAGAAUGAUUCAAGAGCAUCAUGGGGAGUUUCUCCAGUUGAUAAAUGAACCUGUUGAUGGUUCUGAAGGAGAUAUAUUUGACCAACCUGAGCAAGACAUGCCUCAUGCCAUCAAUGUGACUCCAGCUGAGCAGGAGGCAAUUGGAAGGCUUGAGGCAAUGGGAUUUGAUAGAGCUUCGGUGAUAGAGGCAUUUUUGGCAUGUGACCGUGACGAGCAAUUGGCAGCAAACUACUUAUUGGAGAAUGCUGGAGACUUUGAAGAUUAAAUCACAAUUCUACAUUCUCUGUGAAGGAAAAUAACUGCUGAUUGCCUCGCUAAGCUUGGACGUAGGAACUCAACCUCUCUAUAAUGGAUUCCCUCGAUGCCAUUCGGGGUAACUCUGCUGCGGCUUUAAUUCUUUCUUUUUUAUGUGCCAAAAAAAGUCGCUAAUCUACAUUACUCACAUUGAUUCAUAGCUUUCUUUUCCCUUUUUUUCUUUUCUUUUUUUAUAAAAUAUUAACUUAAAUUUGACUUGGAUAAUAUAUGGGGUAGAGUUUAUGCA